GCGCCUGGCCUGUCCCCCGCGCCUCUCCGGGAGGCCGGCGCCGGGCGAGCUCCUCCCCAGGCAGCAGCGGGAGCGGCCACUCCCUGUACACCGAGCCGGGCUCGGGUGGGACUUGGCUCUUUUCAGCUUGCGCGCCGCGGGGCCCUUACAGCCAGGCCUCGCGCCCGAGCAGCCCUCGUCCCCCCCGACCUCCCUCGGCUGGGCCGGCCCGCGUCUCCGGGAUCAUGCUGCGCUGGCUGCGGGGCUUCGUGCUGCCCGCGGCGGCCUGCCAGGACGCGGAGCCGCCGACGCGCUACGAGACCCUCUUCCACAAGCUGGACCGCAACGGGGACGGCGUGGUGGACAUCCGCGAGCUGCAGGAGGGUCUCAAGAACCUGGGCAUCCCCCUGGGCCAGGACGCCGAGGAGAAAAUUUUUACUACUGGUGAUGUCAACAAAGACAGAAAGCUGGAUUUUGAAGAAUUUAUGAAGUACCUUAAAGACCAUGAGAAACAAAUGAAAUUGGCAUUUAAGAGUUUGGACAAAAAUAAUGAUGGAAAAAUUGAGGCUUCUGAAAUUGUGCAGUCUCUCCAGAUACUAGGUCUAACUAUUUCUAAACAACAAGCAGAGUUGAUUCUUCAAAGCAUCGAUGCUGAUGGGACAAUGACAGUGGACUGGAAUGAAUGGAGAGACUACUUCUUAUUUAACCCUGUUACAGACAUUGAGGAAAUUAUCCGUUUCUGGAAACAUUCUACUGGUAUUGACAUAGGAGAUAGUUUAACUAUUCCAGAUGAAUUCACGGAAGAUGAAAAGAAGUCAGGGCAGUGGUGGAGGCAGCUUUUGGCAGGAGGUGUUGCUGGUGCCGUCUCUCGAACAAGCACUGCCCCUUUGGAUCGUCUGAAAGUCAUGAUGCAGGUCCAUGGUUCAAAAUCAGAGAAAAUGAACAUAUAUGACGGCUUUCGACAGAUGGUAAAAGAGGGAGGUAUCCGCUCACUUUGGAGAGGAAAUGGUACAAAUGUCAUUAAAAUUGCUCCUGAGACAGCUGUUAAGUUCUGGGCAUAUGAACAGUACAAGAAGUUGCUUACUGAGGAAGGACAAAAAGUAGGAACCUUUGAGAGAUUCGUUUCUGGUUCCAUGGCUGGAGCAACUGCACAGACAUUUAUUUAUCCUAUGGAGGUUCUGAAAACCAGGCUGGCUGUAGGCAAAACUGGACAAUACUAUGGGAUGUUUGAUUGUGCCAAGAAGAUUUUGAAACAUGAAGGCAUGGGAGCUUUUUACAAAGGUUACGUUCCCAAUUUAUUAGGCAUCAUACCUUAUGCAGGUAUAGAUCUUGCUGUGUAUGAGCUCUUGAAGUCCUAUUGGCUAGAUAAUUUUGCCAAAGACUCUGUAAACCCUGGAGUCAUGGUGCUGCUGGGAUGUGGUGCCUUAUCCAGCACCUGUGGCCAGCUGGCCAGCUACCCCUUGGCUUUGGUGAGAACACGCAUGCAGGCUCAAGCCAUGGUAGAAGGAACCCCACAGCUGAACAUGGUUGGGCUCUUUCGACGAAUAAUUUCUAAAGAAGGAAUACCAGGACUUUACAGAGGCAUCACCCCAAACUUUAUGAAGGUGCUCCCUGCUGUAGGCAUCAGUUAUGUGGUUUAUGAAAAUAUGAGACAAACUUUAGGAGUAACUCAGAAGUGACAUGCUGAGUUUUUUGCUUUAGCAUGAUUAUUGAAACUUUCAACCAUCUCCAGAGUGACCUUUUCUCCUAGAACUGCAACAAGUCCAUGGCAAAAAGAAGCUGUAUUUUUUUUUCACAAAAGGGAAGAGCAUAUCAGUGGUAACUUCAAACAUUUGGACUCAAUUUUAUACAUUCAGAAAUGCUAAAAAUCAUUGUUUUGAUAAGAUCAUACAGUUUUGAAAAGGCAAUAAAAUUAUAUUUUUUCUUAUUAGUCCUUUCUACAAAUCUCUGCCUGGAAUCCUAAAUCUGAAAAAAAUGUACUUGCUUGAAUUAAAUUUGCUUUGUGUGAAUUAUAAAUCUUUGAUCUUUAUUUUGGUUGGCUCAAGUUUAUGCCAGUUCCUUUUUACUUAAAUAACUUUUUCUUAAAAACAAAAUGAUUAGAAAACCUAGAAACUUAAAUUGUUUAUAUAUUUUGAAUGUCUUUAUAAACUUCUUAAAAUUUCCUUGUAGGACCAUUCAUGGAGAAACAUUGCAUGAAAACAUAAUCUUACAGCAGCCAAAUAGGUAUAAGAUCUAUAUUCUUUUUUUAAGCUGAAUAAGAAUGAACAUAAGCGCCAGAACUUCAAGGCAUGUGAAUACCCUAGUCCACUCAUAUGAGUUUUGUGUAAGGAAGAGUGAUAAAAUAAUACUUAUUUCAGUGAGCACAUCUCCAUUUUUCUUGUACUGUUAUUUGGUUCCCAGGAUGACACACUGAUUGUCAGUAUAUUACUGUUAAAUUAUCAAUACAAGGCAACUUAUUUGAAAAAUUCUGUU